AUGGAAGCGACACAAGAAUCGACUCAGCCAUGUGCUGACCCCCGUCGGGUGGGAAUGAACAACUCCGGACUUCAAGAGCAGGAUCUUGCCGACAUCAUCUGUAUCCUCCACCCCAACUCUCACGCGGCACACAAUGCGGUGGCGGCGACGGCUAGCUUGGGUGACCAGCACAUCCUCCAGAGAGACGUCUUGGAAAUUGAGACUUCGGAGACCGCCGCGCUGGACGUGGCGCUUAGACUGUCCUCAGAUGUCCACGACCUUGGCGCGGGUUUUUGCUUUGGUCGCAACAAGGCACGAUGUGAUGUCCUUUUGGCAGUCAAUGAUGAAGCCAAACGAGUGUCCAACUCUCACUUCCGUAUCUAUCUGACUGGUGACGGCAUCAUUAUGCUGCAAGAUACCUCGACCAACGGCACCAUUGUAGACAACUGCCGCCUUCGCAAAAGCCAAAAGGAAAACAGUCGUAUGCUCACCAACGGCUCUGUCAUCCAGGUUGUUACGGGGAACCAAGGCUCAGACGAAGUUCGAUUCGUGGUGCGGAUUCCAUCUCGCGAAGGGUUCGCCAUGCAAUACACGCAGAAUAUCCUUCGAUAUUUUGAGCGAGUCCAGCAGGCCGUCACUGCUGCUGGUCAUCACAAGACUCGCACUGGUCCACCACCUGUCCUCUCCUGGUCAGUGGCUAACAGCCACGGCAUGCAUUGGACAGGAGCCCCGACGUACAAUGUGACCGGGCAGAUCGGCAAGGGUGCAUUUGCUACCGUGUACAAGCUUGCCACGAAGCAGCAUGGAGCAAUCUUUGCAGCAAAGGAGCUGGACAAGCGGCGCUUCAUGAAGAACGGUAUACUGGAUCAGAAGGUCGAUAAUGAGAUGAAGAUUAUGAAAGACCUGACACAUCCGAACAUCGUUCAAUACAUCGAUCACCAUGAGCACGACCGAUGGAUCUACAUCAUCAUGGAAUACGUCCCCGGGGGCGAGUUAUCGACUUACUUGUCAAGUCAUGGCAAAAUUCCCGAAGAGAUGGUGAGAACGAUUGCUCGUCAGCUUCUUCGCGCGCUGCAUUAUUGCCACAAACGCCGAAUCACCCACCGCGAUAUCAAGCCUGACAACAUCCUGAUCGCCUCCCUGGACCCGCUGCGCGUAAAAUUGUCCGAUUUUGGGUUAUCAAAAGUCACGCAGGAAGAGACCUUCCUCAAGACAUUCUGUGGCACGCUGCUGUAUUGUGCCCCAGAGGUGUAUCCUGACUAUGAGACAUACCGACGCGGCGAGCUUAGGAAGCGACGCCGUGUUGGAGAUCCACCGCCCAAAACAUCUCCAUACAGCCAAUCCGUCGAUAUGUGGUCACUCGGCGCGGUCCUCUACCACGUCCUCUCCGGUGUGCCACCGUACUCGGGGCGUGCCGAAGACCGAGGUGUACACAUGCUGCGUAAUAUCAUGGAAUCGGAGACGGACUUUGACGUUCUGCGCCAUGCAGGCGUGUCUGAAUCUGGUAUCAACUUCGUCGCCCAACUGCUGAACAGAGACCCGUUCUGUCGUCCAACGGAAAAAGAAUGCUUCCAGCAUCCAUGGAUUGCCGGGGUGCCUGAUGUUGAUGAGUAUGAAGACGACGACAUCCUUGCUGAACCCCAUGAGGGUCUUUCAGUCAUCGGUGAGGCUGAGGAAGAGCUCGAUGCCUCGCAGCUGUCUAUCCGGGAUGAUCAAGCGUAUACGUAUGGUGAGGCGGAAGAGUCGAGCAGUAACGAGGCACUCGCCAAGAAACCACGCAUUGAAUACAUUCCAACUGAUGUUCGGUACCCCUCGCUUCCUAGAAUCGAGAGCUUUCAAGACGGUCAAGUUGUUGCCGAGCACCACGCCAGACGACUCUUCGGUGAAGUCACUUCGUCCGCCCUGCGCAGCUCUCACGCACUGGGUAACACCGGUUCGUGGAAUCAGGACGAGUUUGACAUCGAAGAUUUUGCUUCUUCUGGUGAGUCGAUCAGUGAUGAGCGCAGCGUCUAUUCGAUCAUUUCUCUCCCAGAACAACCGUUCGGCGGCACCGCACCCAGCUUGAUGGGCGCAGAGAACCUCGUUGGACGACUGAACAUGAACUCCUCGCAUCCUCUCCUCUUCCCUCAGACCGGCCCGGUUAACGUGAUUUCGACGCGACAGGCCAGCCCUGGACAAACCAAGGAUCCCGCGCUAGCAGGUAGUAUGUGUCGCGAAAAUGCACCUUCCAGCGACAACGUCGACGUCACCCCCAAGGCACAACCGCGUCAACGCUCUCGACGUAUCGAAAUAGAUUUGCCCGAGACUGGCAGUGAACGAUCCAGUAUCAACGCCGCGCAGUCCACCACCUACGAUCCCACUUCACCUCCGGACGCGCCUCAGGACGCGGGCUUCGACCCUGAACUUGCAACCACUCUCGAUGCUCAAACCGGUCAGGCCAUCAUGGAACAAUUCCGCACGGCUGAGAUUGAAGCAUCCGAGCCGAUUGUUCACCAGCCCGAUUGGCACGCUAUCCCACCCAGCUUGUCAACUGAUGAGUUCACGAAGCCGCCCAAGCUUCUGGGCAGAUUGAAGAGCACCCCAGGCUCCAUCUUUGACCUGAAUAUCCGCCUUGAAAAACGACUGACCUCGUGGGGCCGUGGAUCAUCCGCCACAUUCCAACACCCCGAUCCUAUGGACGUCCGAAUCCCCGCAUACGCCCUCGAAGUCACAUUCUGGGUGAAAGGUCUCGAGAGCCGGAUCGCGGAAGGGAAGGACUGGACGCAGGAGCCCGGCGUGACGGCCAUUCUCUCAACGAAGGCACGCAAAGGCAUCUGGGUUAACGGCAUUGAACUACACAAAGCCGGGCCGGAGGGCCUGCAGUUCGGCAAUCUUUACGAUGGGGACAUUAUCACCAUCUACCGACACAAGGGUGCCUAUCUGGACCUCCAAUGCGAAUUCUAUCACGGCGAAAGCGCGCAGCCCCGUCCGGAGCACGAGGCCGGGUUCGUAGUCCGCAAAGCGCUGCUGGGCAAGGCUGACGGGGCCAAUCGGAUGCCCGUUCGGACGAACCAAAAGAAGGAAGCCGAAGAAUAA